GGCGCGGCUGGUGGGGCUAAAGGGGUGGUGGGAGGCGGGUGUCCAACUGAGCACGGCGGGUCCCAGCAUCCCGAGCCACGCUCGGCCGGAUCACUCUGUGGAGUGACACCGCUGUGGCCUCGGAGGAGCUGUCGUCCGGCCUGUGCGGCGGCGAGCGGCGGCGGCGGCGGCCUCAACGUCCGAAGAGAAGCUGAAGUCCACCCAUCACCAUUCUUCAAAAUGCAAUGGAAUGUACCAAGGACUGUAUUCCAGCUGGCACAUAGGACAUGCAUGGACCCACAGAAAGCUGGUCUUUUUGGACACUGUCAAUAUAUAAAGGGACCAUUACUUUUGUAUACAGCUGAAUCCAGAGUAGUUUUGGUACAAGUCCCUCAAAAACAAUGGCUGCACUUAUCUGCUGCCCAGUGCACUGCAAAGAAAAGGAAGCCAUUCGAUGCUCCUUCACCCCAACUGGGGAUUCUUCAUUAUAAACAGUGGGAGCAGGAUACCUCCUCUAAGAGGGUUAUGUCAUCCAACACCACAUCUCCAGGAGCGCCUUCAGAAAAAAAAGAAGAACCUGAUCCUUUACAAGACAAAUCUAUUAGCCUUUAUCAACGAUUUAAGAGAACUUUUAGACAGUAUGGAAAAGUGUUGAUUCCAGUGCAUCUAGUAACUUCUAGUGUUUGGUUUGGAACAUUUUAUUAUGCAGCCAUAAACGGAGUGAAUGUCAUUCCUUUUCUAGAGCUUAUUGGGUUACCUGACAGCAUAGUAAACAUUUUGAAAAAUUCCCAGAGUGGAAAUGCCCUAACAGCAUAUGCCUUGUUUAAGAUUGCAACACCUGCCAGGUACACCGUGACUUUGGGGGGAACCUCCUUCACCGUGAAGUAUCUGCGGAGUCGUGGCUACAUGUCAACACCUCCUCCUGUGAAGGAGUAUCUGCAGGAUAAGAUGGAAGAGACAAAGGAGCUUCUCACAGAGAAAAUGGAAGAAACGAAGGAUAAACUCACUGGAAAACUACAAGAAACCAAAGAAAAGGUUUCUUUCAAAAAAAAAGUGGAAUAGGGUGUCUCGUAUAAGAGGUUAUAAACGAUCCUGCACUUUCAGAGAUUCAUGCUCCUGAGUGUAUUUUUUGGUUGGCUGCCUAACUAUGCCAGUUCUCUGAGGGUUAAAGAACUAAGAUAACCUUUUUAACAUUAAGUGUCACUAGAAAAAUCAGUGUUUUUUUGAAAAGAAAAAAAUGAACCCAGUGUAAGAAUUUCACAUCUAAAGCAGCAUUAAGCAGUGUUAAUGUCUGAUUCAGACACUUUUUUUUCAAGGUCCUCAGAAGCAUGCUUGCUCAUGUUUUGUUGCAGCUAUACUUUAGGCAGAUGAGGCAGUUGUCUUCUUGAAUAACUGAUGUGGCCCUAGACAGGAAGUUAAUGCUAGUCUUCAUCGUUAUGUUAUUCAUUGAGGUUUUAACUGUAUUCAGUUCUCAUUCUCAGUAUGGAGACAAACUUUUAUCAUCAAAACUGCCUAUGAAUAAGAGAAUAGAGUUUCUAU